UGGCCCACAAGCAGUGAUGCAACAGUCCAACAGACCCGAAAUAGGCCCAAAAUUAGGUAAUACCAGUAACCCUAUUUAGGGCAAAAUUAUCAUUUGCAACUUAAUAGAAGACGAGUGUUUUCUUUGGGUUCUAAGGUUUUCCAGGAGUCGAAUAUGAAGCCUUUAUUCGUGGGGAAUGUUGGGUAUGAUACACGUCAAUCAGAACUGGAGCGAUUGUUCUCCAAGUACGGAAGGAUCCAGCGUGUUGACAUGAAAUCUGGCUUUGCUUUCGUCUACUUUGAGGAUGAGCGUGAUGCAGCUGAUGCCAUCCGUGGUCUUGACAACACGCCAUUUGGUUAUGACAAGCGCCGGUUAUCAGUGGAAUGGGCAAAGGGUGAACGUGGUCGACCUCGUGAUGACUCCAAGGUUGCAGCAAACCAAAGACCAACAAGAACUCUGUUUGUCAUUAACUUUGACCCUAUUAACACUAGGGUGCGUGACAUAGAAAGGCACUUUGAACCGUAUGGAAAGAUCCUUAAUAUUCGAAUUCGUCGGAAUUUUGCGUUUGUGCAGUUUGAAAAUCAGGAAGAUGCCACAAAAGCCUUGGAGUGUACACACAUGAGUGAGAUCCUUGACAGAGUCGUUACGGUAGAGUAUGCUUUGAGGGAUGAUGGCGAGAGAGGGGACAGGUUUGACAGCCCUAGAAGAGAUUAUGGCAGGCGUGGUGAUAGUCCUUACCGAAGAUCACCAAACCCAGUGUAUCGCAGGGGUCGGCCUAGUCCUGAUUAUGGUCGUCCUCGUAGCCCAGUCUAUGACAAAUACAAUGGUCCAUCAUAUGAUCGGUACAGGAGUCCUGACUAUGGGAGGUAUCGCAGCAGAUCACCUGUUCGGAGGUCAAGAGCUUGAAGCAGUAAUUUAUCGGACGAAGAUCACGGCUCCUUUCUGGUGUCGUAAUAUUACUAUAUGCUGUGUAUUAGUGUUAUGGAUUGUUUAUUGUAGCAUUUUGUAUCUCUUAAACUAUAGAGAGUUUGGUAGUUCAUUUUGGGUGUUGGAAAACAUUUGCAUGGGUAGAUUCACUGCCUCCGCUUGUUCUGAGCAGUUGGCACGAAUUGACGCCUGAACGAUUAGGAACAUAUGUAAGAAAAUACUUGAGCAAGCUUAUGACAAUAUUAACAUGUGCUCCAAUUGCUUAUA